UUUCAACGCAGGCUGGAGGACGGGAUUUGAAUGAUUUGCAAGAGGAGCCCUUGGCGCUACUGAGGAAGCUGAGAGCAGCGUGCGCCAGCCACACACAGCAGCCCAGCCAUGAGUGAGAACCCAGGCACCAACCUCAACACUACAGAUGCUCCAACUGGUCCCACUACACCACGCAAGGGGCCUCCCAAGUUCAAGCAGAGACAGACAAGGCAGUUUAAGAGCAAGCCUCCUAAAAAAGGAGUAAAAGGGUUUGGAGAUGACAUCCCAGGCAUGGAGGGACUGGGCACAGAUAUCACAGUGAUUUGCCCAUGGGAAGCUUUCAGCCAUCUGGAACUGCACGAGCUGGCCCAGUUUGGGAUCAUCUAAGGUUCCAGCAUCUCUACUGGUGUCAGCUGGUGACUCCACAGAUCCCAGCAUGAUCUUCAUCACCUUUGACACUUAUUUUUGGCCCUUGCAUCCACCUGCAGGGUGGUUUUGUAAGAGCCAGUUAUGAGAAAGUCCUUUGCAGAUUAAUUUGGC